GCAGAUCUGACAAUAGAACGGUGAAAAUGUUGCAUACUGACGGAAGUGUGCUAACAGAAUUGCAAUAACAAAGUAUGUUUUCCAUUUGCGACCUUCCAGCAAACAUAAUUUGUUGCCACAUUUGCAAUUGCACAAAAUGUUAUAGGGGCAUGAUCACUUUCAGGGUAGGAGAAUACAACUUUCGAAAUAUUCCGUACGUACGUAUGUACGUACGCGUCGAUGCGUAUGCGAGUGGGAGCGAAAGGAAGAUGAAUGAGCGAGUGCGCGUGCACGAGAAAAAGAGUGAGAGAACUCAAGAGCCUCGCUCGCGAGUAAGAGCAAAGUCGGGGUUCGUCGGAGAGACUCGCGGUAAAACCGAGGAAGAGGCAACGAGAGGAGGAAGAAGAACAAGAGCAGAGAGAGAGAGCGACGCAUGCCGUAGCUACUGCUGCCCCCUCCUCCUCCUGCCUGUCCUCCCCUCCCGUCGAUUCACUCUAAACUCGUGCGGAGAGCCCCGUGUCUCGGUCGAAUUUUAAUGGCGGCCGAUUCCGACUCGGCCGUUUGCAGUGGCGUGUUUGUGCUCGCGUGAGGCGGAUCGGUGGACGCACGGUGGAUCGGCGCUCGCGGCGGCGCUCGCGAGAUCGUAUAUGAUAUCGAGACGUGGUGUGCUGACCAUCGUGGACCACCAUCAUCGUAAUCGUCAUCCGACGAUCAUCCUUCUCGGGCGGUGCUGUGCGUGGCGGCGGCGGUGGUGGCGACGAGACGGUGACACGGCUCGCGCUCGCCGCGAGCAGUGAGUGCAGCAGUCUCUUGUACGCGAUUGCACCCGGGCCUCCCGAUCGCCCCCCCUCCUCCCGUUCGAGCGAACGACAACGAACGUCCGAGAGCGUCCGGGGAGAGCGCGAUUAUGCCGCGUAUCCGCCGCGAUGUGCCGAUGUAGCGUCGCCAGUCGUUCCGUGAGCAAGCGUUUCCGCAUCCGAUGCGAAGCACGAGUGCUGCGAGCAAGGUAAAAAGAAUCCCACGUAGCGAGAGAGUCGAGACGAGUACGGUGGCGGCGUCUCACCCGAUGUCGCUCGCUCGAGUGCAGCUAGCUUGCACUCGGGGUGGCAACCGAGUGGCUUCUCCGCUCCGCCGUACUGCGUGCAGCCAGUCGUUUUUUUCUCGGCCGAGCGAGAUCCUUUCCGCGAUCCUCGCGACCCUCGCGACGGCACGCACGCACGACGACACGACUGUUAAUUCGUCAUCGUGGCUCUCGUGGUGUUUUGGUGGUAGGCGGUGUAUCGUCGCGCCGAUGAACGGGGAGAGGGGGUGGGAGAGGGAAAUGGUGGAGGGUAUCCUUGCCUUUGUGCGAAGACAGUGGCCUUAGCUGUCAAGUGCAGCUUGGUUGACGCGCGUUCGCCACGUUAAUGAGGGGCGGUGUGUGUGCGCGCGUGUGUCCCGUGCUGUUGUUCGAAAUGCGUGCAGCCAUCGCCGUGAGCCUCCCUUGUUAUUCGGAAAGAGUUCUCGGCGAGAUCUCCGUUUUACGUUCUUCGACGGCCACCGAGAUGUGAAAGAGAGGGAGAUAGAGAGAGAGAGAGAGAAAGAGAGAGAGACGUCUCGAACGGAAGCUCGAUGCCACGGCGUGUUCGUACCGAGUGCGGACGAUUGGCGUUUUAUUCAGACUCGAGUAUCUCGCACGAUCGUCCGGCAUAGGCGAUUUCUUCUUUCUUUAUCGACGUGUGCGACGUACGGAUCGGUCUUGCUAGGGUUGUUGACUCCGUGUGCUCUUUUAAGGUUACUCCGGAAAUCUGCGAGUACCACACAAUGAUCGACGUGUCGGUGCCUGGACCAGAGCGUAGCUGGUAGUACUGCGUCAGCGCCGCCUCGCUACCAGCGGAACCAGCACAUACCCCGUCAUCAUCAUCGCACCUUUUGUAUUUCCUCUCCUAGACCUGCAUACGCACUGACGCGCACGCUGCACGCGUGUGCGCACGUGCUUCGUCAGCUGUCGCGCACACACCAUGAGAUUCCUGGGACUUGGCCAGUCAUCUCCCAAAUCGCUCGCAGUGACGCCGCCACAACUGUUGCUGCUACCACCACCGCUCUCCCAUCGACCAUCAUUCACAUCCAUGUCCGUUGCCGUAUGGUUCCUGACGAUACUGGCGACCGCAGCGAUAGACACCCCCGCUAGCACCGUUCUACCGAUACAACAACAGGACAACAGAUCACCGCACGUAGUGGCGCAGUUCCCCGCCGAGAAUGGACAGCGAUACGGACAUUUUCCCCUGGACACCAAUGCGACCAGAGAGGGGGCUCUGAGGUUCAAUCAUCUCACCAUAGAUCCAUCCACGGGGGGUCUCUACGCGGGUGCGAUCAACAGGCUCUUUCAGCUUGACUUGAAUCUCAGACUGGAGGAAUAUGUCUCGACAGGACCAAGACUGGAUAAUCCUCAGUGCCAUGCAACGGGCUGCAUGUCGAGGGAGAUAACCACCUCUCUGAUGGAUAACGUGAACAAGUUGCUGAUCGCCGAUCUCUCGUCGCACAGUAUAAUCGCCUGCGGCUCCCUGUUCCAAGGUGCUUGCGAAAAGUACAAAAUGUCUAACAUAUCUAUCAAGCCAGAAUUCAUCCCCGGCAGCGUGGCCGCCAACGACGAGAGCUCCUCGACGUACGCUUUCAUCGGACCCGAGAAGUACAAUCCGUGGUCGACGAUAAUGAACGUGGUGCUCUACGUGGGCACGACGUUCACCAAUAAGGGGGAUUAUCGUCACGACGUGCCUGCCAUCUGCAGCAGGAACCUCAACAACCUCGAGUUCGCCGAGUUCUCGUUCAGCAAACAGUCGAGCGUGUACAUCGACGUGAAGUACCGGGACCACUUCCUCGUGAAGUACGUUUACGGGUUCAACGCAAGCGACUACGCGUACUUCGUCCUAGUACAAAAGGAGUCGUACCUGCCCGAGCAAGAAGAGCUGGGAUACAUCUCCCGGCUGGCGCGCAGCUGCAUAAGCGACCCGAAUUACGACAGCUACACGGAGGUGACGUUGCAGUGCACGGUCGACCUGGGCGACGGCAAGCAGCACCACUACAACCUGGUGCAGGACGCGAAAGUCGCGGCGGCGGGCAGCGAUCUCGCUAUGCAGCUCGGCAUCUCCGUCGGUGAUCCUAUAUUCGUCUCCGUGUUCUCGCCCGGCAAGGGUAUCACGAACGAGCCUCUGUCGCGUUCGGCGGUUUGCGUCUACAGUCUGCAGGACAUCGAGACCAAGUUCAACGAAAACAUACACAUGUGUUUCAACGGCAGCAUCAAGUAUCGAAACAUGGGUUACAUCAGCGGCCCUAUACAGGAUGGAAAGUGUCCCACUGCUGGUACCACCGGAAACAUUUUGAACUUCUGCGAGGUUGGAUUGAAGAUCUCGGGCGUAUCGCCCAUCACGAGCCAAGCUAUCUUGCAUUUCCCCGACACGUUCAUUACUUCGAUAACUGUUGCCAAUACUGAAAGUCAUACCGUAGCGUUCUUCGGCACGAACGAUGGCGCCCUCAAGAAGGUUUUAUUAUCUGGAACGGAGACGUUCGUUUAUGAAAGCGUUACCAUUGACAAAGGGCAAAAACUGUUGCCUGACACGCUGAUUUCACCGGACGGUGAAUAUAUCUACGUAUUAUCUACUUCGAAGAUAUCGAAGGUCAAAGUGGAGCAUUGUAGCGGUUACACCAAUUGUAGCAGUUGCCUUGACGCGAAGGAUCCUUAUUGCGGCUGGUGCUCUCUCGAAAAGAGAUGCACAGUGAGAGGAGAUUGUCAGAAAGCAAGUCACAGCAGUCCACGAUGGUUGUCUCUGGGCACGGGUCAACAGUGCAUCGAUUUCGAGCAAGUGCUACCCGAUCGCAUGCCCAUUAAUCAGAUGACCACGGUCCAAUUAACGAUCAGAACCCUGCCUGAACUACCAGCCGGCGCUAAUUACAAGUGUGUUUUUGGUAACGCCGAGCCGAUAGACGCGCUGAUGACCGGUUUCGGACUGUCAUGCCCGACGCCACCCGUCAUGGAAAGGCCCAGCAUUCCCGAGGGCGUCGAUCACGCGCUCGUCCCAUUGUCCGUGCGAUCGAGCGAAACGAACAAGGAUUUUGUGUCGCGUAAUUUCGCGUUUUUCGAUUGCUCAAGACACACCGUGUGCACCGAAUGCGUGAAGUCGCAAUGGGCCUGUAGCUGGUGCGUUUACGAUAACAAAUGCACCCACAACACGAGCUGUCAGGGCAUUAUAUCGGGGGAGAACCAAAAUCAGGUGAAUCUGGCGGCGCACGGCGCGCAGUACUGUCCACGGUUCGUAGAACGCAAAGAACCGUUGAUGCUACCGAACAGCGUGCCGAAAGAAAUAGUGCUCGAGGUGGAGAAUCUGCCACACCCACAGGUAGGCCACAGCGGAUUUCAGUGCAUCGUCAGCAUCGAGGGCGCCAAUCUGAAGGUCCAGGCGCGCGUGGACAGCAGUCGUUUCAUCGUGUGCGACAAGACCGUGUACUCGUACGAGGCCGUCACCGGCGAGUACGAGGCCGAGGUGACGGUCGUUUGGAACACGAAUCACCACGUGGACAAGACCACGAUAAUUCUGUACAAGUGCGAGGUCCUCGGCUCGCAUCGCGAGCACGCGGACUGUUCCCUGUGCGUGACACGAGACACUCGGUUUGAGUGCACCUGGUGCGGGAAUAGCUGUGUGUAUCGGCAUUCGUGUCUGCAGUCGCCGUUCACCGAGUGCCCGAAGCCUCGCAUAGACAUGAUCAAGCCGCUGAGCGGACCAAUCGAGGGCGGUACGUUAGUGACGAUCGAGGGCAGCAAUCUCGGAUUGAAAGAGAGUGACGUGGAGGGUAAGAUACACAUCGGCGACACUCCGUGCACGCUGGUGGAUUACGAAGUUUCGGUGCGCAUCGUUUGUCGCACCGGUCGCCACGAGGCGACGGACGCGGCCUCCGUUGUCGUCGGGAACGACGCUGGUUACACGGAGAGCGCGGUGCUGUUCAACUACAAGGACAUACGACUGGUAGGUGUGUAUCCAUCGGUCGGGCCGCAAAGCGGCGGCACGCAGCUGGCCAUUACCGGUAAGUAUCUAAACAUCGGUAGCACGAUAUCGGCAUACCUGGACGAGCUGCCGUGCCACGUGAACGCGACCCAAGCGAGCAGCACGAGGCUGACCUGCGUGACUAGCAAGUCCGGCCGCGUCAGGCGGAUUCACAGAUUAACCUUGAGCAUCGACGGUGCGAAUCGCACCCUCGUGAACAAUCCGUACAAUUACACUCACGACCCGACCAUCAUGGAGAUCAAACCCUUGAGGAGCUUCGCGUCGGGCGGCCGCAUGAUUACCGUGCACGGCACGAACUUGGAUACCAUCCAGAAGCCUGAGAUGGAAGUUUACUUCGACAACGAACCCCUGCCGGUAAACCGAACCGUUUGCACCGUCCUGAAUCCCACGCAAAUGGAAUGUCCAAGCCCGAGCGUCGUCCGAAGGUUCACGUCGUUCCGACGCAACAAACGCUCGACGGCUGCCAACGCUCAAGGUACCUCAUCGCCGCAGUCAUUGAGACUGAAAGAGUCCCAGUUGUCUCUGAAGAUCGCCUUCAUCAUGGACAACGUGGAGAGUGUGAGGGACCUGGAGAAGCAUUUCCAGAGCUUACGCAACAGACUGCUCUACGUCGAGGAUCCGAAAUUCUUUCCGUUCCCGCGGUACGUCAAGCUGUACAAGGGCGACACGCUGGUGAUCGAAGGCGAGAAUCUCAACUACGCGAGUGACGAGUCCGACGUGAACGUCACGGUCGGCGCCAUGCCCUGCAACGUCACCUCGCUCGCGCACACGCAGCUGGUCUGUACACCGCCGGAUCAGCAGCCUGCUGAUACGGACGAGCUCGGCAUCAAGACCGAGAGCGGAUUGCCAUUGGUGGUAGUGCGAGUUGGCCGCAAUCUCCGCUUUCCCAUCGGCUACCUGCGCUACGAGGUCAUCAAGUCGUAUCCCAUACCGCCGGAAGCGAUCGCUGGCAUCGCCGCCGGUACCUUUGGGCUCAUCUUCCUCUUUGUACUUGUGCUGGUCAUCUAUCGUCGAAAGAGCACGCAAGCGGAACGGGAGUACAAGCGCAUACAGAUACAGAUGGACACACUCGAGAGCAACGUACGAAUGGAGUGCAAGCAGGCGUUCGCGGAACUGCAGACGGACAUGACGGAUCUCACCGCAGACCUCGAGUCGUCGGGCAUACCCACCCUCGACCACAAGAAUUACAUCAUGAAGGUGUUCUUCCCCGGGGUGAUCGAUCAUCCGAUAUUGAACGAUCCGCGCUCGCGCAGCAACGUUUCGCGGACCAACUACGACGCGGCGAUGAUCCAGUUUGAGCAACUCGUGAACAACAAGUACUUCGUGCUAACGUUUAUAGAGACCUUGGAAGCUCAAAAGGAUUUCAAUAUCAGGGACAAAGUGAACGUUGCCUCAUUGCUCAUGGUAGUUCUGAUGGACAAAAUGGAGUACGCCACGGAUAUACUGAUGAACUUGUUGCUGAGACUAAUCGACAAGGCGGUAAACUCGAAGCAUCCGCAGCUCAUGCUGAGACGAACCGAGUCCGUGGUGGAGAAGAUGCUGACGAAUUGGAUGGCGCUUUGCAUGUACAAUUACCUGAAGGAUUACGCCGGUUCGUCUCUGUUUCUGCUGUUCAAAGCGAUCAAGCAUCAGAUCGAGAAAGGACCGGUGGACGUGAUAACGCACGACGCUAGAUAUUCUCUGUCAGAGGAGAGACUGCUGCGCGAGCAGAUCGAGCACACGAUGGUCACGCUACACGUGGUACAAGACGACCUCGACGAAAAGAUACAGUGCAAGGUGCUAGACUGCGACACCAUAAGCCAGGUGAAAUCGAAGAUACUCGACGCGCUCUACAAAAAUACCCCGUUUUCGCUGAGGCCAUCCGUGCACGAUGUCGAUCUCGAGUGGCGGCACGGUCGUGGCGGUCACUUGACGCUCCAGGACGAGGACCUCACGACCAAGUGCUGCGGCGAGUGGAAGAAAAUAAACACGCUGGCGCACUACGGCGUCAAGGAGUCGGCGGUGAUGUCACUGAUACCCCGGCAGAACGACGGUUUCUCAGUGGCGUGUAAGCCGCCCUGCCACAACUGCAAACCUUCGCAUUACCACUCGCAGCAGCAGCAGCAGCAGCCGUCGAUUCAUCCACACCAUCCGUCACAUCACUUACAUCGACACCCAAAUCACUGUUCGUCCACACAUCUUCCAUCCACGCCCAAUCACGGGCUGAUCACUCCUGUGAUGUACAAUCAUCCCGUGAGCGGUCUGUACUUUGACUCUCAACACUCGCCGCCUAUCAUAACAGCAAACGGCGACGUUGAGAGCGGCCACGGCGGCAAUCAGCGGCUGUAUCACCUGGUAAGGCCCAUCGAGGACGUGCACUAUCCGCCCGGUCUGGGCUUCACCGGUAGCAGCAAGCAUCACCAUCCCGAACGAACGCAUAAAGCGAUUCCGGAGAUAUUCCUCACGCGGUUGCUCUCGACCAAGGGCACGGUACAAAAGUUCGUCGACGAUUUCCUAAAUACCAUCCUGACCGCCAACGAGGCGUUGCCGAGUGCGGUCAAGUGGCUAUUCGAUCUCCUCGACGAGGCUGCCAAGCAGCACGGCAUCGUCGACCCGGAAGUACCACACGCGUGGAAGUCGAACAGUCUGCCGCUCCGAUUCUGGGUGAACUUCAUCAAGAAUCCCGACUUCAUGUUCGACAUCAACAAGUCCACGACGGUGGAUUCGAGUUUGUCCGUGAUCGCGCAGACCUUCAUGGACUCGUGCUCGAUGACGGAGCAUCGGCUGGGCAAAGACUCGCCGUCUAACAAGCUGCUCUUCGCCAAGGACAUACCGCAUUAUCGCGAGAAAGUCGGUCGAUUCUACACCGACGUUCAGAGACUGCCGCAGAUCACCGACCAGGAGAUGUCUAGUGCCAUGCAGCAACUCAGCGCGUCUCACGCCAAUGAGUUCGACGUGAUCGCGGCGCUAAAAGAGCUCUACAUCUAUGUCAGCAAAUAUUACGAACAAAUCCUAGAGGCCUUGGAGACAGAUGCGGGCUGUCGCAAGCUACAUCUAGCUCAUAGACUAGAAAACGUAGCGUGCACGCUCGGUGGAGAAGAGACCAGUGCCUGCUGACAUACCCUCCUCACUUCCAUCCCAGGACCCGUCAAACUCUCCAGAAACACUGACUAGUGCCUCCACUUCAUGCAUCAGAUACACCUCGUUACAUAUGUACAAAUAUUACACAUUACAACUCACUGUGUGAAUAACAAUGCCGUAAAGAGAUACACGCGAUUUCGCUAGGGCUAGUCAGGCGAUAGGUCACAGGAUUAGACCAGUCCACGUGGUAUUAUUUUACCGUCUUUACGUGUUGGCCAUACCGAAAUACGCUUGUAAACAUGUAUGGAUAUUGGUAGGCAAUGUACGCGCCUCUGAUCCUUCAAUUAUAGACGCUGCACACAAAAACGUCCCACUUAAUCUCGCUGGCAAGCCAGCCAAGUAUUUAUCCAUGAAUCUCAUUAAAUUUGAAUUCAGAUUUAAGUUGUAGGCCGUAUCCUUCACGGCCGAUUGCAUUGUUAUCCUAGUGUACGUAAGAAAGAUUUAACAUUGUUUUAAAUUAUUUUUCGCUCCUCUCGCUAUUCUUAUGUGUACCUUACGACGUUCGCGUUCUCUUCUUCUGUCGAAACUCCCUUCUGAGGAUCUGAGACGCGGAUCGGUGCAAAUACUUAUUAGGAAAGGAUAAAUUAAAGUAUAAAUUUUAUGGCCGAUCUGAUAUCUAUACGUGUGUACGUAAGUACGGACAUACAUACAUAAAGUAAAAAUAAAACAUGUCUAAUGGUAAGUGAGAAAAAGCCAUAGUGUCCACCAGACUGUCUGUACGGAGGCAACGUACGGCAGCGAGUAGUCUGUGAUCCGAGCACGAGUGGCUAUGCCUAUCUUCAUUAUGAUAUAUAUAUAUAUAUUAUAUAUAUAUAUAAUUAUUAAUAUGUUAUAUAUAAAUAUACAUGAAAAAAACAAAUAUAUAUAUAUAUAUAUAUAAAGCAAAGAAUCAUGCGCAACACACCUCUAUGGAUUGUAGUAAGCUAGUUAGAGAAGGACUAUAUGUAUUAUAAGUUGAGGGUUACACGUACCCUAUGAUUCAGAGACAGAGUAACAGAUAAUAUUAAAUUAAUUAAGGCGAUUGAAGUAUCGUUAACAGAAAUUUAAGAGUUAAAAGUUAUAAGAGCAGCUCAGUCUACUCUAGGCCUAUCUACGUAUAUCGUCGCGUAAAUGUGUAAAAAAAAACAAAAAACGAAGAGAUCUUUUCUCCCUUACUUUUUAUCUCUUAUUUUGCUUCUGGAUCCCCGCUAUGUUCGCUACACACGGUAGUUUACGAAAGAAGUCUGUUGCUGUAAUUAUAGAAAGGCCAUUUUGUCGAGCAUCUAGUAACUUUAUUGUAUGUAUUAUUAUAUAUACAUGUUAUAUUAUUAUUAUUAUCAGUUAUUUUAUUAUUUUUCUAUUAUUGUCUAUGUACGUAUAAUUAUUAAUGCUGCCCAUUUAUUAUGGUUAUUGCUAUAUAUAUAAUAUUCUUAAGAGUAACAGAUGCAAAACGAAACGGAUCUUUUUAUGUUAUCAGCACCGGGGAACAACGUAGAGCGUUUCGAUUAUGCUUAAGGAGCAAAGGUAUUUUGUAUUCGCUGUAUUUUGUAUUCUGGCCGAAGUGGUUACGUGCUGUUGUUAUCGCAAUAGGUCGUACGUAUUGCAGACAGACUCGUCGUCAUGACACGCGACACACGCAGUAUUUGUUUAAAUGAUAAUUUACUUACUCUCUUAACAAUCAUUGACUCAAGACUAAUAGAUUUUUUUUAACUUGCAUUUACUUUUUUAUUCUAUUUUUUUUCUACCAUAAUCACGUUUGUGAUUCCCCCCCCCCCCACACACACACAUAUACACAUACACACCGGUGGAAAGUUCGUGACAAUUAUCGUACUCGGCGCACACUGCCAAGUUUUUCCAUGCGCUUUUACGAAUUGUCGUUUUUCGUGAUUCGUUUAGCUGAUAGAUCGAUCCCGUAUCAUCCUUCACAAGAGGGCACAACGGAGUUUGAUUGACGCGUCGCCGAUGUAGAUCCAGGGAGGCUGGGGACGUGCUCAUACCCUUGUACUUAAUCGUGUAAUUUCAUCUGUAAUUCCAGGCCCCCGGGCUCCCCAUUCGCACUCGCGACCGUCAGCGAUCUAUGUAUCUCUCUCUAUUAUAUGUAUAUCGUAUUUAUUUAUAUUAUACAAGAGAAACAAAUUAUAGCUCGAUUGCGAAUCGAAUGUACGUCAAUCUGUAUUACUGUAAAUUUUUAUACUCCGUCACUACGUGUAAUACUGUCUCUCUUUGUAUUCAACUACGAUGAAUGUUGUAUUUCUAAUUGUCCGCUCUGUAAGCAGGUGUAUCUCUCAAGUACGCGUACCAUCCCUGUCUCGAUGCGGUAAGAGAUUCGUUCGCGCUUCUGCGGUGUGACUCUACUGUCGACUCUUCGAAAGCAGUCAAUGUGUGAUUUAGAUGUUAUUAAUUAUUUAUUUAAAUUUCGUCGAGAGAGAGAGAGAGAGAGAAAGGAGAAGUAGGCAUUUUGAGUCUUUCGUUUUUUGAGCUCUCGCAGAGAACGAACGUCUUUAAUACCGUUUGAUGCAGUCUUCCCUUCUGAAUGAGAUUACGGUAUAGAUUUCGUUGGAUAAAAUUUUCGUAUCGUGCAACGCAUUUCAUAUUUUCUACGUGUGAAUUCAACGUUCGCAGAGGUGCCAUGUUUUUGUCCGUGCACUCGAGAAUCAUUUAUAAUAAUAAUAUUUAUAUAUAUGUAUCUUAUCCAAGGUAUAUACGAUUAUAUUCUAUUGCGAGAUCUGAUGUGGAAACCGAAACGUUCGCAAUGAAACUUUUUGUAAUGAAUACUGACCAGAAAUAAUCUGAAAUAAUGCACGCAAAUAUAUUGGGUUGUAACAAAAGUUCGUAGCGUUAUUUCAGCGAAAUUCCAAGAUAAAAUUAUUUAUGUAGAUAUAUUAAAUAUUUAUUCAACUACAUAUGCGCCGUCUGUUCUACUAACGUUUUCAUCUUUGUAGUAGCUUCAUAAUUUCUUCCAGACCUUAUCAUCUUUUCUUUCAUUAAACAACGCUACGGACUGUUGUUACAACCCAAUAGUAUGGCGAAAGUACACUUGCGUAUAAUUGAAAUUAUAAUGAACGAAGUGAGACGCGACGGGUUUACGCUUGGCUCGUCCCUCGUUGAAAGUAUAUCUCAUAUUUUUCGGUUUCCCGUUUACACCGACUAUGUAAAGCGACACGUUUCUAUUUAAUAAAACGAACUUAUAUUUAAGAAUUAUGUACACAGAUCUGAGUGUGAGGAGGAGAAAAUAAGAGAUUCGCGUGCGCAAACGGUAUCGCAGAUGCGGUACCUUUGUCGGUGAUAGCGAAUAUACAAAGUUACUUAAUUGAUGUAUAAAGCACUGCCGUUAAACGCCGUUUCGACGCUCACGGAGGAAAUACAACGACGCCGGAAUUGAGUCCUACGCAAAAGGGGGGAAAGGAGGAAGGUCUUUCGUAAAUUUAACGAGGAGAAGAAAUGGCGUACACGCAUCCUCGAUUUCGUUAAUCGUCUCUCACUGCCGUAUAUUUUGCAUUUAAGACCAAGGUCGAGCCUUGGUAUUCAGUUUCGUCACUGAAAAAUACACACGUCUGAAUAUAAGUUUCACGCGUGUGUGUGAAUGCUAAAAUUUUAAUUUUAGCAUUGAACAAGUGUAACAAGAAUAAUGUGUUUCCCGCAUUUGAUAAUAUGUAUGUAUGUAUGUAUAAUCAUAGAAAAAAACAGCCGCUAUUCUCGUUGCACAUUCAAUUUGCUGAAGGCAAAUUAAUAUACAAUGCUGUACAGAUUGACGUACACAGAAUUAUGCACGUAUUACGUGCACGUGUUAACACACACACACACACACACACACACACACACACACACAUCUCCAUCGCUGUGUCGAGUGCCACUUGGCCCCCGACGAGCGUUGGGAUGUUCUUUCUUUUGUGGAAACUAAAUCGGAGAGCAAGUCAAUACAAGACUUCUCGUGCGGUGUGUAAAAUAUAUUUCAAGCAACGUUUGAGCGCAAUCCAAUAGAAUUCAUAUAGCGUCAUGAUACUUUAUGAGAGUACAAGUGCUCGCAACUCUGUCGUGGAAAAAAAACAAAACGUUAAAAAUGCCAUUUACUCAUCUCUCUCUGUGUUGCAACGUUUCCUCUCUCUCUUCUAAUUUUUACCUCCUUCGGGAAAUUAAUUAUUAAGUAUAAUAUUAAUUAAUUACAGGAAAGAAAGAGAAAAAUAAACGAGGUGAAUUUGCAUUUGCGUCGACCGCCGUCGAGAGAAACGAAUAAGUCUUGGCAAUAUUGAUGAUUGAUGCCAUUUCUGUGGCGUCGAUACCUUUAGGAAAUAUUGAUGCCACUUCUAUAUGCGUCUGCGGAAUAUUUUAUUCAAAUAGCUGAGAGGCGGUCGAAGAGAGCACGCGUUUAAUUAAGUGAAUAUCAAAUAACACACGCACGCGCGCACACACACACACACACACGGCAGAGUUACUCGGCAAAUUGUACAGUCGAAAGUCGACUCCAUCCAUCUGAAAAGCUUGUCAAUUCCGCAUUCAACGUAUUAUGUAAUUAUAACGUAAUGGACUGAGAGAGCGGGAGAGAAAGGGAGCGAGAGAGAGAGAGAGACACGAUUCGCAGCGGCCGUGGGACAAUUAUAUAGUGUGUCAUGCUUCGUAGUAUAUAUAGUAUAAAAUCUGAACAUUGUGUCGAGAUUAAGAUUACUCUUUGUUAAGCUUCGAGAAGGGUGGAUGGGGGGGGAGGAAGGAGGAGAGGUGAUCCCAUUUUUCCCCAGUAAGGGUACAUUUCUCUUAUAUUCCUAACGGAAUAGCAUGCGUAUUCUCGAGAUAGCUGCUGUAUUCCCGCGAAGAUACGAUUGGACAUGGACAUCCCCGGGUAUUGCUCGUUAUUGCUCGACGAUUAUUGCUAGCAAUAUAGUCAACGCCAGCGUCGCCAGCAAUAAUUUACCAUCGUCGAGCGGACCGUUUUUGUCUUAUUAAAUAUAUCAAUUAUUAAAUUUUAAUAAUUAAUAUAUUUAAUUAUUUUAAUACCCUCGAAGGUAUUCAGCGUUCAGAAAUACCAUUCGAGGAAACGCGUUUAAAGAAACGAAAGGAAAGAGAUUUAAUAAUGUCGAUGCACGAUCUUUUCGCCGCUAAACUAAACUAGUAUCUCGAGGGAAGCAUCCGAAUGCUCCUCUGUCCAUCAGGAUGUGCACGACAAUUCGCGUGCAAUAAACUCGUUACGCGUGCGUGCGUGCGUGCGUGCGUGCGUGCGUGCGUGCGUGUGUGUGUGUGUGUGUGUGUGUGUGUAUGUAUGGCGUGUGUUAUAUUACAUAUGUAUCUAGCAAUGUGUGUAUGUGUGUGCAAUCGCAAUGCCUCACACGCGAUUCCAUCAUCUCCCCCCAUUGUACAUAGUACCACAACUCCUCGACCUGUCCCCCCAUUCUCCACGCACGAGUAGACUUUAAGUGACACUCGAGAAAAAGGGAAAAAAAAAGAAACGAACGAAAUAACUCUUGCCAAAUUUUCAAUGGGACGUAGGGACAAAAUGACUAAUUGCGUUUGAUUGAAAGAUCGCAGAAAAUAUAUUGGUAUUAUAAAUAAUACGACCUCGGUCUUAUUCGUUAUCUUUUUCUUCGUUACUUUGCCCACCCGCAAUCUCAGCUGUAUGUACAAACUCUCGUUAGCUUUACGAUCGCAAAUCACGAUGAUGAUGCACCGUGUCGUGUCAUGCAUCAAUCUUGAUGAAUCUCAAUAAGCACAAAAAAAAACAUGAAAAGGACAAGAAGCAUUCGGGAAGCGCCUUGUCUCUCUUGUCUUUAUAAUUUCUCGCAACGUUCAUUCGAACGCUCUCGAGAGGACACGCAGGAAGGAUGAUCGAUUUUUUUUUAAAUCCGCGCAAACUGGAAAAUUUUCUUCCUCAUUUUUUUGUCGAGAAAGAUUUAUUGCGUGUAACUCUCUCGGGUAGGUGACCGACGCACUUACACGACCGUAUAAAAAUUAUCACAGUUCGCUAAGAUCUAAAUAUCGUUACAAUUAUAAAUAUGGAUACACGUGGAUUUUUCCAAGAAUACGCUAUCCGAAAAUCGUAAGUCUUAUUAUACAUAUACGUAUACAUAUAUACAUAUAUAUACGCAAUCGUUACGUUGAUUUCGAGGUUUCUUUUUUUUGGUACGCUCACGACUCUACGCCACCUCCGCAUUCGCAGCUAUACACGAGUUCAUAUGUGUAUAAUCUUGUAUACAGCAGAACGUAUUAUAUUGUAUACUUGAAGUGCGUUAUAUAGUUUUUCACUGUGCAGUAUUCGACUAACGUCUAUAAGUUUUUUGGCGUCGCCAAUAAACGAUAAAUUAGCCGAUAAAUUAAUUCGGCGUGUGUUGAUCUUUGGUAUCAUUUUGUAUACAUACAUACAUACAUACGUCCGUACACACACACACACACACACACACAGAGAGAGAGAGACAAGACAGACACGCACGCGCGCGCGCGCACACACACACGCACGCCAAAUAUAUGUAUGUAUAUGUAUGUGGCUGUAUGUAUGUAUGCGUGCAUGCAUAUGUGUACAACAGUACAAUUAAUACGCAAUUUCGAGAUAUGUGAAGUUUGUAUAAUUUCUCUCGCUUUUUUUUAUAAAUAUCUCAAUAAAAAGAUAUAUUACAAAUGA